AUGGCGCAGCCUACAGAUGACUUGAUAUCUCAGGUGUGCGCGAUCACCGCGUUAGACGAGGAGAGUGCAAAGGUGCUACUAAAGAAAAACAACAACGAUGCCAACAAUGCGAUUAAUGCUUGGCUGGAGAACCCCGAGAGAUCGAUCAUACCAGAGCCGGUAAGCCAGUCGCCAGCUGCGUCAGGUGUUGAGGACUGGUUGUCUAAGGGUGCGUACGCAGGCUCCCUCCAAUCACUGGCAGGAUCAAGACAAUAUCCCAUGUAA